AUGGCGGUGAAUCAGAACCACACAGAGGACCGUCGUGGGGCCACCAUCCCUCGUGGCGAAAGUCUCCUGAAGAGGUCUUCAGAUGUGGACCUCUCCUUCCCCCAGCCACCACCAGGCUCCAGCUUCUUCAGUGGUACAAAGAGGGGUGCACUGUUUCUCACCUCAUAUCGGGUGAUUUUUGUGACGUCACGGUCAGACAAUGAUCCCAUGUUGUCUUUUAUGAUGCCAUUUCAUUUAAUGACGAACUGCACUGUUGAACAACCAAUCUUUGCUGCAAACUACAUUAAAGGGACAAUUCAGGCAGCUCCAGAUGGUGGCUGGGAAGGAUCAGCGACUUUUAAAAUGGCCUUCAGGAAAGGAGGUGCCAUUGAGUUUGCCCAGCUGCUGGCCAAAGCCGCCUCCGCUGCUGCCCAAGGAACUCCACUCACAGUUUCGAGUUUCUGGAUAAGUCCUCUAGGGAUCAUUGUCAUAGCUGGGGAGAGGAGCACAUGCGCCCCACAGGCAUGCCAAGCUGCCUAUGGAGUCCCACCUGCGGGACACGGAGCCCCACCUCCCAGAUAUGAUGUCCUGCCUCCUGGAUAUGGAACUAGAAUGCAUGGAUCCCCUCCUCCUCUGUAUGAAGCUACUCCUGUGGGCUAUGGAGUCCUGCCUCCUGGAUAUGGAGCCCCCACUAUGGAGUACGGAGUCCCACCUCCCAGAUAUGGAACCACAGCUGUGAUGUCUAGUUCUCCACCUCCCAGAUAUGAAGCCCCACCUAUGGGUUAUGAGACUUUGCCACCUGCUCAGUCGGAAGCAGGACAUCCCAUUUCUGUGGCAGCCCAGACUCCUGGAUUCCAAGCAUCUUUUCCCUCUACCUCAUCUUCACACGCUCAUUCUCCCCCCCUCUAA